AUGUCUUCAGACUCCGCAACAGCUCUUCACCCGACACCACAACAGUCUCCGCCGGACCAGCCAAGCCCCUCUUUCGCUGCGCGUGACGGCGACGGCAACGAGGCUGCAAGCCUUCGGCUCCCACGCAUCCUCUGCCUCCACGGCGGGGGUACCAACGCAGCCAUCUUCCGGAUCCAAUGCCGCGUCCUGCAGAAGCGACUCGCGCCGCAUUUCCGCUUCGUCUUUGCCGACGCGCCAAUUUCGAGCCCGCCGGGGCCGGGAGUGGAGCCGGUGUUUAGCGAGCUCGGGCCCUUUCGGAGCUGGCUGCCGAAGCUAGGCCAGACGGACCCUCCGGACCGAGAAGGGGUGCGGAAGAUCGACGAGAGUGUCGCCGCUGCUGUCCGGGCGGAUGAUGCGCGAGGCGCGACGGGGAGCGUGGUUGCCUUGUUGGGAUUUAGCCAGGGGGCGAAGGUUGCGGCGAGCCUGUUGCUGAGGGAGCAGCAGACUCUCGCGGACAGUAAUAAUGGGGAUGAUGGGGGCGGGGCGACCAAACUAAUAAGGGGCUAUCGCUUUGCUGUGCUGCUUGCUGGGCGCGGGCCGCUGUUUGUUGUGGGUCGGGAUCUUGAACCGCACAAUCUCGGGGAAGAAGGGCCUAGACUGCAGCUGCAGCUGCCUACUAUCCACGUCCAUGGGCUUCGAGAUUCUAGGCUCGAGAUGCACCGGCAUCUGCUCCGGGAAUCGUGUCAGCCGGGGACCACUAGGCUCGUGGAGUGGGAUGGCGAUCAUCGUGUGCCUAUCAAGAGCCACGAUGUGUCUGCCGUGGUGACCCAGGUGAUUCAGGUUGCAACCAGCCUCAACCUGAUGUCCUAA